AUGGGUUGUUUUUUUGCCAAAAAGAAUCCAUUACAACCGACCGCUGAACUCAAUGACAUACGUAUACAAAUAACAAAUAAAUCAAAAGAUGGUCCAAUUUCGUCAGAAAAUCGCAUCAAUAAAUCUCAUGGAAACGGUAAUGAUAACAUCCGACAAAAACAACCAUAUGGAACUGAUAAAGUUUAUGUAGCUAUCUAUGAUUAUGAUGCACGUACAGAUGAUGAUCUUACAUUUCGUGUUGGAGAUUUACUUCUUGUCCUUGAUGACAGUCAAAAUGAUUGGUGGCUUGCUAAACAUUAUAAAAAUGGUUUAAAAGGAUACAUUCCAGCUCUUUAUAUUGCACCACAUGGCGGUCUUGAUGUUAAUGAAUGGUAUCAUAAAAAUGUUCUUAGAAAAGAAGCUGAACGUGUUUUAUUAAUACCAUCAAAUCCACGUGGAACAUUUCUUGUUAGAAAUUCAGAAAAUGCUCCUGGUCCAUAUUCUUUAUCUGUUCGUGAUGUUGAUGAACAACGUGGUCCACAUGUAAAACAUUAUAAAAUUCGAUAUCCAGAUCCAAAAAUUGGUUAUUAUAUUGCUACACGUCGUACAUUUAAAACAUUGGAAGAAUUAAUAGAGUAUUAUACAAAAAAUGUUGAUGGUCUUUGUUGUCAAUUAACACUUCCAUGUCCAAGACCAAAACCAACAACAUCAACUAUAUCGAGAGAUGUUUGGGAAGUACCAAGAGAUUCAUUACAAUUUGUAAAAAAACUUGGUCAAGGAAUGUUUGGUGAAGUAUGGGCUGGAAAAUGGAAUAAUAAAAUUGAUGUAGCAAUCAAAACAAUGAAAGCUGGUACAAUGUCAACGCAAGCUUUUGUUGAUGAAGCAAAUAUUAUGAAAAAACUACGUCAUGAUAAACUUGUACAAUUAUUUGCUGUUUGUACAUUACCUGAAGAUCAGCCAAUUUAUAUAGUUACUGAACUUAUGGGUAAUGGAAGUUUAUUAGAUUAUCUUCGUGAUGGACCUGGACGUGAACUUAAAUUACCUGCACUUGUUGAUAUGGCUGCACAGAUUGCUUUUGGUAUGGCUUAUCUUGAACAUGAACAUUAUAUUCAUCGAGAUUUAGCAGCACGAAAUGUUCUUGUUGGAGAGAAUGGUGUUGUUAAAAUAGCUGAUUUUGGUCUUGCUCGUAUUAUUAAUGAAGAUCAAUAUGUUGCUAAAGCAGGAGCAAAAUUUCCGAUAAAAUGGACUGCUCCUGAAGCGGCUAUAUAUGGAAAAUUUACAAUAAAGUCUGAUGUAUGGUCAUAUGGUAUGGCCAAUCGUGAAGUUCUUGAUCAAAUUCAACGUGGUUAUCGAAUGCCACGUCAUGAAAAUUGUCCGGAAAAAAUUUAUGAUUAUAUGUUACGAUGUUGGGAUGCAUCAUCUGAUAAUCGUCCAACAUUUGAACAUUUACAUUUAUUCUUUGAUGAUUAUACGACUUCAGCUGGUCCUCAAUAUCAUAGCCAAAAUUAA